UCACCUUCCAGACGCCGGGCGGGCAGUUCUCUGCUAAGGGAGGUGACAGCCGCGGCACCCCUCUCUGCCUCCCGUCUCCUGGCGCCCGCGAGGACCAUGUUUUCCUGCCUGCGGCCGUGGGGCGCCAGCAGCUCCUACCGGCGGGUCCCCGGGGGGCCCGAGGCGCAGAAAUGCAGUCCAGAGAAAAGUGCCUCAUUCUUCAGUAAGAUGACAUAUUCUUGGUUUAGCAGAAUAAUUAUUUUAGGCUAUAAGAAACCUUUGGAAAGAGAGGAUCUUUUUGAACUAAAUGAAAGUGAUUCCUCCUACAUUGUGUGUCCCAUCUUUGAAAAACAAUGGAGGAAGGAAGUUUUAAGGAAUCAAGAGAGGCAAAAAGUAAAGGCAUCCUUUCAUAAAGAGGCACAUACCAGGAAACCAUCCCUGCUGUAUGCAUUGUGGAACACCUUUAAGUUUGUCCUGAUUCAAGUUGCUUUAUUCAAAGUGUUUGCUGAUAUUUUGUCCUUCACUAGCCCACUCAUAAUGAAGCAACUGAUCAUUUUCUGUGAACACCGCCCAGAUUUUGGCUGGAGUGGCUAUGGUUAUGCGUUGGUGCUUUUUGUUGUAGUCUUUUUGCAAACCCUGAUCCUUCAGCAAUAUCAACGUUUUAACAUGCUCACUUCAGCAAAAAUUAAGACAGCAGUAAUUGGACUCAUCUACAAAAAGGCCCUACUUUUAUCUAAUGUUUCUCGGAAAAAGUUUUCCACUGGGGAAAUUAUCAACUUGAUGUCAGCGGAUGCCCAGCAGCUCAUGGACUUGACAGCAAACCUCAACCUCCUCUGGUCGGCCCCUUUUCAAAUCCUGAUGGCCAUAUCACUGCUUUGGCAAGAGCUGGGUCCAGCAGUGUUGGCAGGGGUGGCAGUCCUUGUGUUUGUUAUACCAAUAAAUGCUUUAGUUGCAACGAGAGUAAAAAGGCUGAAGAAAAGCCAAACGAAGAACAAAGAUAAACAGAUAAAACUACUCAAUGAGAUCUUACAUGGAAUUAAGAUCCUCAAACUUUAUGCAUGGGAACCCUCCUACAAAAAGAAGAUUAUUGAAAUUCGAGAAGAGGAAUUGGAAAUUCAAAAAUCAGCGGGGUAUCUUGCUGUGUUUUCUAUGCUGACAUUAACUUGCAUUCCAUUCUUGGUGUCCCUGGCAACGUUUGGCAUCUAUUUCUUACUGGACGAAGGAAACAUUUUAACAGCCACUAAAGUGUUCACGUCUAUGUCUCUGUUUAAUAUAUUGAGGCUUCCUCUGUUUGAUUUACCAACGGUGAUCUCAGCUGUGGUCCAGGCAAGAAUAUCAUUGGGUCGUUUGGAAGACUUUCUCAACACUGAAGAGCUUCUUCCUCAAAAUAUUGACACAAACUACAUAGGAGAUCAUGCCAUUGGUUUUACAAAUGCUUCCUUCUCCUGGGAUAAAACAGGGAUUCCAGUACUAAAAGACCUGAACAUAAAGAUUCCAGAAGGAGCUUUAGUGGCCGUUGUAGGGCAAGUUGGGUCUGGAAAAUCAUCUGUGCUUUCUGCCAUUCUGGGGGAAAUGGAGAAACUUACAGGAGUAGUUCAAAGAAAGGGCUCUGUGGCUUAUGUUUCCCAGCAGGCUUGGAUUCAGAAUUGCAUUUUGCAAGAAAACAUUCUCUUUGGCUCCAUCAUGCAGAAGCAGUUUUAUGAGCGAGUAUUGGAAGCCUGUGCUCUCCUUCCCGAUUUGGCGCAGUUACCAAAUGGAGAUCAAACUGAGAUUGGAGAAAAAGGUGUGAAUAUAAGUGGGGGCCAGAAGCAUCGAGUCAGUCUGGCCAGAGCUGUCUACAGUGGAGCUGACAUCUACCUCCUGGAUGACCCCUUGUCUGCAGUGGAUGUUCAUGUUGGAAAACAACUUUUUGAAAAAGUGAUUGGGUCCUCGGGCAUUUUGAAAGGCAAGACUCGUAUUUUAGUGACACACAACCUCACGCUUCUGCCACAGAUGGAUCUUGUCGUUGUGAUGGAAAGUGGUAGAAUAGCACAAGUGGGAACAUACCAGGAACUGCUGUCUGAAACCAAAAGCCUCACGCAUCUGCUUCAGGCCUUCAGUCAACAAGAAAAAGCCCAUGCUUUAGAGCGAGUCAGUGUAAUCAACUCCAGAACUAUACUGAAAGACCAAAUCCUGGAGCAAAACGAUAGGCCCUCAUUGGAUCAAGGAAAGCAGUUCUCAAUGAAAAAAGAAAGGAUCCCUGUUGGUGGGGUGAAGUUCUCAAUCAUUCUGAAGUACCUCCACGCCUUCGGCUGGCUCUGGGUGUGGCUGAGUGUGGCCACUUACCUAGGGCAGAAUUUGGUGGGCAUUGGACAGAAUCUAUGGCUUAGUGCCUGGGUGAAAGAAACAAAGCACGUGAAUGAGUUCACAGAAUGGAAGAAAAUAAGAAGCAAUAAACUUAACAUCUAUGGAUUAUUGGGAUUAAUGCAAGGUCUCUUUGUCUGCUCUGGAGCCUAUGUGCUCACCAGAGGGUCCCUGGCUGCCUCUCGAACGUUGCAUGCUCAGCUGUUGAAUAAUGUACUGCACCUCCCGCUCCAGUUUUUUGAAACCAAUCCCAUAGGCCAGAUCAUCAAUAGGUUCACCAAGGACAUGUUUAUCAUUGAUAUGCGUUUCCAUUACUACUUACGGACGUGGGUGAAUUGUACAUUGGACGUUGUUGGAACAAUUUUGGUCAUUGUGGGAGCUUUCCCACUCUUCAUUCUGGGAGUUAUUCCUUUAGUUUUCCUCUAUUUCACUAUACAAAGGUACUACGUGGCGAGCUCUCGGCAGAUUCGACGGUUGGCAGGAGCAUCUCGCUCUCCCGUCAUUUCCCACUUUAGUGAGACUUUAUCGGGGGUGUCCACCAUCAGAGCAUUUGGACAUGAACAGAGGUUCAUCCAGCAGAACAAAGAGGUGGUGAAUGAGAACUUGGUCUGUUUCUACAAUAAUGUAAUUUCAAACAGGUGGCUGUCUGUGAGACUUGAAUUUCUUGGCAACUUAAUGGUGUUCUUCGCUGCACUGCUUGCUGUGCUGGCUGGCAGUUCUAUAGAUUCAGCAAUAGUUGGUUUGUCCAUAUCCUAUGCCCUAAAUAUUACUCAAUCGCUGAAUUUUUGGGUAAGGAAAGCGUGUGAAAUUGAAACUAAUGCAGUUUCCAUUGAAAGAGUUUGUGAAUAUGAAAAUAUGGAUAAAGAGGCACCCUGGAUAAUGUCUAAAAGGCCUCCACCACAAUGGCCCAAUAAAGGGAUAGUGGAAUUUAUUAAUUAUCAGGCUCGAUACCGAGAUGACCUUGGUUUAGCAUUACAAGAUAUCACUUUCCAGACUCACGGGGAAGAGAAGAUUGGAAUUGUGGGAAGAACUGGAGCAGGCAAAUCAACACUAUCAAAUUGCCUAUUUAGAAUUGUGGAGAGAUCAGGAGGCAAAAUCAUUAUUGAUGGAAUUGACAUAUCGACUAUUGGACUUCAUGACCUUCGUGGCAAACUUAAUAUUAUUCCACAGGAUCCUGUUUUAUUUUCUGGAACCCUUCAAAUGAACCUGGAUCCCCUAGACGAGUAUUCCGAUAGCGAGCUGUGGGAGGUGCUAGAACUGUGUCAUUUAAAAGAGUUUGUGCAGUCCCUUCCCAAGAAGCUGCUGCACGAGAUUUCAGAGGGUGGUGAAAACCUCAGCGUUGGACAACGGCAGCUCGUCUGUCUUGCUCGUGCUUUGCUUCGAAAAAAAAAAAUUCUCAUCUUGGAUGAGGCAACGGCCUCCAUCGAUUUUGAGACCGAUAACUUGGUGCAGACCACAAUCAGGAAGGAGUUUUCCGAUUGCACCAUCCUGACGAUUGCUCACAGACUGCGUUCUAUCAUUGAUUCAAACAGGGUGCUCGUUCUAGACUCUGGAAGGAUUAUAGAAUUCGAAACACCACAGAAUUUGAUAUGCCAGAAAGGAAUUUUCUUUGAAAUGCUAACAGAAGCUGGACUAACACAAGACUCAGGGACAGAAGAUAAAUAAUUUUAGCUGUAUGCUGAUUACACCGAAUAAAAAAAUUGAUUAGUAUUUAAAAAAAUAAUGACAGAGGAGAAAUGCACAAAGGCGGGCCCCUGGCUACACACUGGCACAAAUAUGAAUAAGCACCGUUGUUCUAACCAUCCUGGGCUGUACCCAACCUUCUGUCUUCCAUUCAUGCCCUCCGGAAUAUCUGCCUUCUCUGCAUUGCCCAAAGUGCUAAAUGCCACUUACCCUUUAAGUCUCUGACUUUGUUCAGGAGUCACCUUAUCCACAAAGCCUUCCCUGAUUUCCCCUCCUGCUCUCCAGUCUCAUCUCAAUGUUCUUUUUCUGUGCUCUCACAAGCUCCACGUGCAUACCUUUAUCAUGGCAUGGACUAUACUCUAUUGUAAUGCUUUUAGUCUGUCUCCCCACUAAAGCUACUUGAAGGCAAGUACCCAGUUUUAGUAGUCUUUGUAUGUUAGGUUCCUAGCAUGGUGAUUUUCAUAUAGUUGAUACUCAACAAACGUUUGUAGAAUGACUGACUAGGCAUUUUAGAGUAAUAUGAUACAGGUACUUAUAUACAUAAUAAUAUGUGUCGAGCUACUGUACAGUAUAUAAAUUGUGGAGUAAUCACAGAAAAAAUAUUGUUAUUCAGCUGCUUUUUGGAAAUAGUAAUUAUAUAUUAUUAACUGAAUUUUAUGGUAUGCCUUAUUUAAAAAUAAAAAUAUAUUUUUUAGUUUUAAAAAUAAAAAUUUACUAUUUACUUUGAGUAAAAACCAAUAUUUUCCAUGGAACAUCAGUUUUUGGCUGGAUUAACCUCAGCGAGUCAUGUGUCAAAUGGUAUACAUUCACAAGAAGAUUGUUGUAGUACUAAUUAUAUUUUGAAGGGCUUUUUCAUUUAGUAGUUUUAUGAAUAGAAGCAACAUUAUUUCUCCGAAUUGCCCUUCAAAUUUGAAGUGUUCAGACUUAAACAGUAUUUUCCUUUCAAGAUGAUUUUAAUAAAAUAUUUUAACAUGUUCUUUAAGCUCCACUAACCAUUUCUUUUAUCCUCCUUUUCUCCUUCCUUUGCAACAACCUUGUACAACCUUUCUAUAUCCCCCAAGAGUGUUUAUGAAAAGUUGCCUUAAAUUAAAAAACACUAUAUUAUCUAAAGCCUCCUCCUAUUAGAAUGUAAGCUACUUGAAGUGUUGUCCUGUCUUUACAAUCCCUGAAGUGCCUACUACUCUGCUUUUACUCAUUACUCAUUUUACACAUUGAAUAAAUAUCUGCUGAAC